AUGAACGGUCUAGGUAUAGUUCUAGAAGAACCGGAGCUGCGGUCGCAAUCGAGCAGCCGUCAUUUGCAGCCAUCUGCGUUUGCGCUAGAUUCCUUCCACAACGACACAGAGGCGCUUUUGCCCCCGCUCCCGGACGAAAACCCCGCAUCUUUGACCGCCCAGUCGCUGACGGGCGCCAGUCCAAGCUCGCAGACGCUGCUGCGCUGUGCUACGCCGCCAGAAGAUGGCCGCAGUGUGCUUGCGCCGCUGCACUCGCAGGCUGUGCUGAACGACGUUUUCUCGCUGCACUUGGACGGGCUUUUGGAUGCGCAGGCGCUCAACCAUGCGCCUCUUGCAGACCCAUUUGCGCUUGCGCCAGCGCAGACGCUGCAGCAGACACAAAUGCAAACGCAAAUGCAAAUGCAAACGCAAAUGCAAACGCACACUCAAACACAAACACAAACGCAAACGCAAACGCAAAACCAAAUUCAUGAUCUCUCGCAGUCCCAGACACAGCUAGAACCCCAGCCUCUGUCGCAACAUCCUCAACCCAGCCCCACACAAACGUCACCUCUCAAGCGCUUGCGCAAUGGAAUCCGCAAGCUCUCUUUGUCAAAAUCGCAUGUGCCCACCCGCUCGCUGCUGGCAUCGAGCCUAUCGCUGGGUGUCAACAACACGAUAGCUGCCGCUUCUGCAUUGACUGCUAGCGCCCAGCUCGCAGCGACUACGCUUCUGGGCUCUCUGGACCAUCCUGUGUUGCGUCCUCACUUAACUCCAUUGCAGACAGACCCGGCGUCUUUAGAUGGAACAGUUCUGUCUUCAAACAGCCUGUCCAGCAGUACAUUCAGCUCGCAGGUGAUGUCGUCGAACAUUGUCCAUAAUAUCUCCUCGACGAGCACUACGCCUCAGGAACAAACGCAAUUGCCCAACUACAAUUGCAGUAUGAGUCUGAUCGCUCCCAAGAAUCGCAGCAGAGGUUUAUCCAAUUCCAAUGUGACUUCAUCAGCACCCUCGCUUCCUCUGCCAGUAAUAAUGCUCUCUGAUAAUUUGAGUUCUACAAAAGUGCAUUUGCUGGCAGUGGAACAAUCCUUUUUCGACAGCUUGUGCUCGAACACCGAAUCUUCGUUUGCUGAUCGCUGCAUCAGUAAUUUGCAGACGUCAGAUGAAUUGAUUGAAUAUCUGCAAUUUUUGAACCAGCACAAGGCUUCAGUGAUAUCAGCAUACGAGGCUACGAAAGAGUGUUUGAGUAGUUCUGGAUGGUGCUCGUCUCACGAUCUUGAGAACUUGAGCUUACAGCGCGAUUCCGCUCUCAGCCAAAUUGAUACCAAGCUCUUGCAAAUUGAAGAGCAACUCAAUUCGCGGUUCCAAUUGUCGGUUUUGAAAAAUUCGGUCCACAAAACGUACUUAGAUCCGGUUGCUAGUCAAAGGCCAAGAGAGGCAUCUUUGAGUCCCAGCCUCAAGGUUCUUGAAAGCCGGUGUUUUUCGUUUGCGCUGCCUCAUGAAUAA